AUGGAAGAUUAUAACGGAGUUCUGUCGCCUAUAAUGGGUACUUGUCAAGUGAUGUACUCGGAUGAGCCCUGUUCGAAGUUCCUCGAGUACAACUUCAAGGAUCAUCCAACAUGGAGGCAGUCGCAGGUCACCUUGGAUCCGGUGCUGCAGUUUAGGGAUAAGAAAUUUGAGAUUGCUCUCUCCAGACAAAUGUUCCCGAUCUUUGAGAAUCUUAUAGACUACUACCGCGCUGAUGACGAGAAUACGGGCCAACUAAUAGACCUACCACAUGCUGUCAACGGCCUUCGACUGUGGAAUGCUAGCAGUCGGUAG